AAACACCUAAAAUCCAACAAGAAUUUAAACACAAAUAGUGAAAAAGACAAAAAAAAAAGGCCAAAUAAGAAAAAAAAGAAAAAAAAGAAAAGAGUACUGACAAAAAGCCCAGAAAUAUCCUUAUUACGACUCUCUUCUUCUCUCACGCCUCCCCAAAUAAAGAGACCUUCCAAAUUUAAUAAUAAAAAUAAAAACGUAAUUUAAAAAAAUAAAAAAUAAAAAAGGAAUUAAAUUCCUCACCACAAACUUCGACUUCUGUAACAUCCCAUUUCCAAAAACAUUCCGUUUCAGCUUCAAUCGAAGAAGACGAACUCUAACAACAACACGAAUAAGAAGAAGAAGACGACGACGAAGACGAAGACGAAGAAGAAGAAGUACAUUUUUCGAUUACUGUUGAAGCUCGCCGUAAACUAUGUCUCGGCCUUCGUCGGCGUCUGCAAUCAGACCUGAAGAUUACGCUCACAGUCCAGUUCACUACGCCGUCGUUUUGGGAGAUCACGGCGCGCUCACUCGUCUUCUAUCCUCGUUACCGAAGCUUGGAGAUCCGGAGCAGAUCCGAACAGAAUCCGACUCACUGAGUCAAGAACGAGUCGCCGAUCAGAUCUCCGCCUUGGUCGACCGUCGCGACGUUCCUUCGCGCGAGACGCCGCUUCAUUUAGCGGUUAGACUCGACGAUCUUUUCGCGGCGAGGGCGAUUUCUUCCGCCGGAGGUGAUAUCUCGCUGCAGAACGGUUCUGGAUGGAAUCCGUUACAGGAGGCGUUUUGUCGCCGGAAUUCUGAGGUUAUGAAAGUGCUUUUACGGCAUCACCACCGUUUAGCUUGGUGUAAAUGGCGGCGGAGGUUGCCUCGUUUAAUCGCUGUUCUCCGUCGUAUGAGAGAUUUUUACAUGGAGAUCUCUUUUCACUUCGAGAGCUCUGUGAUUCCGUUCGUCGGGAAAAUCGCUCCCUCUGAUACUUACAAGAUCUGGAAACGCGACGGUAACCUCCGCGCUGAUACGACUUUAGCUGGUUUUGACGGUUUGAAAAUUCAAAGAGCCGAUCAAAGCUUUUUGUUCCUUGGUGAUGGUGAUGAGUCUCUAGAUAUUUCUCCUGGAUCUUUGCUUGUACUGAAUCGAGACGAUCGGAAAAUUCUCGACGCUUUUGAAAGUGCCGGAGCUCCGAUAAGUGAUUCCGAUAUCGCCGGAUUCUGUUCUCAGUCGAGCUUGUACCGUCCGGGUAUGGAUGUUACCAAAGCAGAGCUCGUCGCGAGAACGAAUUGGCGGCGGCAAGAGAAGAUGGAGAACGUCGGAGAAUGGAAAGCUAGGGUUUAUGAAAUCCAGAAAGUUACAUUUAGUUUCAGAUCUCGGAAAAUCGUUACCGGAGAUGGAAGCGAACAAGUUUUGCCGUUAGAGUUAGACGAAGACGACGAAGGUUUCUUAGUAGCUGAGAAUCCCAGUUUUCUAGCUCCGCCGCAACGGUCACAGAGACGACACAGUAGCUUCGUUAAAGAAGACAGAGAUUAUAUCUCCGUCGGGAGAAAAAGCGUCGACGUUUAUCCCUCCGCCGCGCGACCACCACAACCGCCGCCGCAAACUCAACCUCCGAGAAGAUCAGUAACUCAAUUCCAACCACCGAGAAGAUCAAUGGCUCAAAUCCAACCACCAAGAAGAUCAGUAGCUCAAUUCCAGCCACCGAGAAGAUCAGUAGCCAUACCUUCAACGGUGUCUCCAGUGAAUCCUCCGCCGUCUCCUCAGAUCAAAGAGAAGGAGUUUGUGAAAAGCUUACAUCCGUCAGUUUGGUUAACGGAUCAGUUUCCGUUAAAAACAGAGGAGCUGCUUCCGUUACUUGACAUUUUAGCUAACAAAGUCAAAGCCGUCGCCAGAAUGCGUGAUCUUCUCACCACCAAGUUCCCGCCGGGAACUUUCCCAGUCAAGCUGUCGAUUCCUGUCGUCCCUACGGUCAAAGUAGUCAUCACAUUCACCAAAUUCGUCGAGCUUCCUCCGGCGGAGACAUUCUACACGCCACUCUCUAGUCCAAGAUUCCUCCAAUCAGCUACCUCAGCCGGUGAAGAAGGCCAAUCAGAUGACGAAAAACCCGAUGCUCGGAAUUCGAUUUCUCGGCCUUCGACUUGGCUGAGACUAGGAAAAGGCUCACAGCGACGGGUAGAGGAGGAAGAGCAGCAAACACCUGACGACCCGUUCGCUAUACCAAUUGGGUAUAAAUGGACAAGCAUGAGUAAUAGUAGUAGUAAUAGUAAUAAGUCAGGUAAUAGUAAAAUGAAGAAAUCAAAGUCUACUAAGAGAACUAAUAAGUAGUUUUCUUUACUAUUUGAGGAAUUGAAACGAAUAUAAAAUCUUUUUCGUUGUAGAUAAAUCUGAUAUUUUUAGUGAUAUAGUGAAAUUUGUUGUCGUAAUUUUA